AUGAAAUUUGACGAUCCAAGUAGCUAUACACUCAAUGAAGCUCUUAUACGUGAUCUAAAGUAUAGAUACGUUGAUAUAACUACUAAUGAGAAGGGUGAGGAGCUUACCAGAGGUGCCGUGUUGCUUGUCCAUGGAUAUCCAGAUACUUGGUUUACAUGGCAUAAACUGAUAGAAAGACUCGUCCAAAGUGGCUACCGUUGUAUUGUUCCAAGCACCGUCGGUUAUUGUGGUACUGAAUCACCAGAGGAUCUUAGAAGGUAUACACGUGUGGAAAUAGCAAAAGAUAUGAACGCAUUGCUUGAUUACAUCAACGUGUCUCAAGUAUUUGUAGUCGGACACGAUUGGGGUAGCUUGAUAUCACAACGUUUCUCGGCAUUAUUCCCAAACAGAGUGAAGAAAUUGGCUGUAUUGAGCGUGCCAUACUUCCCACCUGCAAGAGCCAAACAUUCCAUAGAAACUUUGAUAGCAGCUGGAUAUGAUCUUCUCAAAUAUCAGCUUGUAUGGAGAGAAGAUGUAACAAUCAACAGACUUGAUAGCUCUGAAGCCAAAUUAAAAUCUUUCUUUGCGAACCUAUUUAGUUAUCCAACUGACCAAGAUACACGUCCGGCUUGUGCAAACUUACAAGACUCCGGCUCAGAGAGGUGGGAGAAGGAAGUUCAUCCGCAAACAGCCCACAAAUCAUCCCUCCUGGGAGAGCAUUACGAAUGGCAUGUAGAACAAUUCAGAAAACACGGCAUGAGAGGUCCUUGUAGCUACUACAAGGUUUGGGAAAUCAACUCAGAGCUUGAAUUAGAUGUACCGCUCGGGUUUGAAAUGCCUUUCAUGCAGAUAAUUUUCCAAGGUGAACCAAUUUUCUCUGAUGAGAAAAAGAAAGAAUAUGCAGAGGCUUCAGAUGAUUUAUUCAAGACUAUCGUUGUACCAGAUGGUAUAACACAUUGGUACAUGCUUGAAAAACCGGAUCUGAUUUGCAAAUACAUACUUGAAUGGAUUCAGGAUGAUGUGAAGAGUACAUUAUAG